GGACAAGUUGGAGGAGAUAUUGGUGAAAACAACUGCACCGGGGGCCAUUUGGAACGAUCUGCUCUCCAAAAACUUGAAGGGAAAUGUUUCUGGGGUAAUAUAUCAAUUAAUUUACUUCGUUUGUCAUUGGAGAAUCAUGUGUCAACUUUAAAUUUGGGACAUACCGUGAAGUUAACUUCUACGGUUGAAAUGAGACCAAGCUUCUUAGAGAAAAAAUUUCUUGAGCAAGACAAUUGCUUGACAUUCUGCUCUCACAAGGUUGAUGCUACGGGUUCAUAUAAACUCCAAGUUGGCAUAUCUGCUCAAGAGGCUGGUGCAAGAGACAUCCGUGAAAAUCCAUAUAGUAGUUACUCAUACAGUGAUGUCCCAACUCCGUCAUUACCUCGUAUAGUAAGAUUAAGAGCUGGAAAUGUGCAUUUCAACUACAAGUAUUACAACAAUACUAUGCAAAAGACUGAAGUCACUGAAGAUUUUGCUUGCCCCUUUUGCUUCGUAAAGUGUGGAAGCUACAAGGGCCUGGGGUGUCACCUGAACUCAUCACAUGACCUAUUCCACUUUGAGUUUUGGAUAUCUGAAGAACGCCAGGCUGUUGAUGUUAGUCUGAAGGCUGAUGCAUGGAGAAUAGAGCUUGGGCCUGAGGGAGUUGAUCCAAUACAUCAAACAUUUUCCUACUGGUAUGUUAUUUCUAAAGCAAUUUGA